AUGUUUGUCGGAGCGGCAUCAUCCCAGCGGAGAUCUGGCUGCGCAUUGGGGCAAGGUGCCGGCGCCGCCGCGAGUGCCGUCUUCUCUGGCUCGUCCGCUGGGGACAGCAAGAGGCACAAGAGGCGCAAGUCCCAGAAGCGGCGCCGGCGCAAGGGUCAGUUCGUGGAGGACGACCGCACCGCGUCCGAGAAGAUGUGGCAGAGUGGCGGCAUGGGCAGCAGCCCCGGCGGCGGCGGUGGCGGCGGAGGAGGCGGCGGUGGGCCCGGCGGCAACCCCUGGGCCAAACUCGUAACUAGUUUCAAUGACUCCAAGGAGGCGGCUGCCAACAAGCAGCAGCAGCAACAUGACGACCACCACCGGCUCGGAUCAGUGUCGGGCCCAGACAGUGGUUGUCAGCAACACACCACUUUGCGCAUGGAAGCCAGGAAAUUCGAGCCAAUUGUGCAUGAUCACCAAUUCUGCGAAAGGGCAGUUAUCAAUGUCAGUGGCCUUAGAUUUGAAACGCAACUUCGCACACUCAACCAAUUCCCAGAUACUCUACUUGGUGAUCCUGCCCGUCGAAUAAGAUAUUUUGAUCCCCUGCGAAACGAGUAUUUCUUCGACCGGAAUCGACCCAGUUUCGACGCGAUUUUGUACUACUACCAGAGCGGAGGGCGGUUAAGGCGGCCCGUCAACGUGCCUCUGGACGUGUUCGCGGAAGAAAUCAAGUUCUACGAGCUUGGUGAAUGCGCCAUUGCCAAGUUCAGAGAGGACGAGGGGUUCAUCAAGGAAGAGGAGCAACCCCUGCCGGACAACCCGCUGCAGCGCAAGAUCUGGCUCCUGUUCGAGUACCCGGAAAGCUCGCAGAACGCGCGCUACGUAGCCAUAGUCAGCGUGUUCGUGAUCCUGCUCUCCAUUGUGAUAUUUUGCCUGGAGACGCUGCCGGAAUUCAAGCACUACAAAGUGUUCAACGACACGCUGCGGAACUUGACGCGGGUGGAGGAGGACGAGGUGCCCGAUGCCCGGGACCCGUUCUUCCUCAUAGAAACCGUGUGCAUAGUGUGGUUCUCGUUCGAGCUCAUGGUCCGGCUCCUGGCGUGUCCCAACAAGUUCAACUUCUUCCGCAAUGUGAUGAACAUCAUCGACCUGAUCGCCAUCAUUCCAUACUUCAUCACGCUGGCGACUGUGGUGGCGGAGGUGGAGCGGGGCGAGCAGGCGCGCCAGUUGGCGCUGGAAAUCGGCGCCCCGCCCGAGACUGGCGAGCUCGAGAUCAAGGUGACACCUUUGGGGAGGGAUGGUGCAGGCAAUCAAGCCAUGUCACUGGCCAUCCUCAGGGUCAUCAGACUUGUGCGGGUUUUCCGCAUAUUCAAGCUCUCCAGACACUCCAAGGGUCUGCAAAUUUUAGGGCGGACUCUCAAAGCGUCCAUGCGAGAACUCGGGUUGCUCAUAUUUUUCCUCUUCAUUGGUUCGCUCUUCGCAGUGAAAAUCGUGACACCUUUGGGGAGGGAUGGUGCAGGCAAUCAAGCCAUGUCACUGGCCAUCCUCAGGGUCAUCAGACUUGUGCGGGUUUUCCGCAUAUUCAAGCUCUCCAGACACUCCAAGGGUCUGCAAAUUUUAGGGCGGACUCUCAAAGCGUCCAUGCGAGAACUCGGGUUGCUCAUAUUUUUCCUCUUCAUUGGAUUGUGUUAG